AUGGCUGAGCAAGAGGAAGAUUUCUCGCAACUGCCCUUGGUCGACAGAUUCGUGCACAAGAAUUGGAAAGCCCGCAAGGGGGGAUAUGAGGCUGCCGUAAAAGUGUUUGAAAUCACACCUGACGAGUCGGACCCCGCCUUUCGACCAUUUUUACAAGAUCCGAGUCUCUGGAAGUCUGCUGCGGGCGAUUCCAACGUCGCCGCUCAACAAGAUGGACUGGCUGCACUGUGCGCAUUCCUCAAGUAUGGUGGUCAACAAGCUGCCGUCCGGUCACGAAACUUCACCCUACAGGCGCUAUACGAGAAGGGAUUGUCAUCCACGAGGCCUCAGGCCAAAGCGAAUGCGCUGGAGGCUAUCCUGCUGUACGUCGAGCUGGACAAGUCCGACCCUGUGAUUGAAGAACUAUUGCCCGCCCUAUCCCAUAAGCAACCAAAGAUCAUAGCAGCAACUCUCAACGCACUCACCUCCAUCUUCCACAACUACGGCGUUAAGAUCGUCGAACCCAAACCUGUGUUGAAGGUGUUACCCAAGGUGUUUGGUCAUGCGGAUAAGAAUGUCAGAGCAGAAGCACAAAACCUGGCUGUCGAGUUGUACCGCUGGCUCAAGGAGGCGAUCAAGGUCACAUUCUGGGGCGAAUUGAAGCCGGUUCAGCAACAAGACCUGGAAAAGCUGUUUGAGAAAGUCAAAGAAGAGCCACCACCGAAGCAGGAACGCCUCACAAGGUCACAGCAAGCCGCUUUGGCGACAGCAGCUCCAGCAGCCAGCGGUGGCGACGAUGAGUAUGGUGAAGUGGCCGAAGAAGAAGAGGAACCUGAAGUGAAUGCUUUCGACUUUGCAGAACCGGUCGACGUCUAUUCGAAGAUCCCCUCCGAUUUCCACGAAAUGGUAGGCUCGACCAAGUGGAAGGAACGCAAAGAUGCCCUUGAUGCGCUCUUUGCUAUUCUGAACACUACAAAAAUAAAAGAGGCGCCCUUUGAUGAUCUGGUCCGUGUGUUCGCAAAGUGUAUGAAGGAUGCCAACAUUGCUGUCGUGACGGUGGCCGCCAACUGCGUCGAGAAGUUGGCCUUGGGUCUUAGGAAGUCCUUUGCCAGAUACAGAUCGACAAUAAUGUCCCCAAUGAUGGAGAGAUUCAAAGAAAAGAAGCAGACCGUGGCGGAUGCUCUGGGAGCUGCGCUGGACGCCGUCUUUGCUGCAACUUCUCUCACCGACUGCCUUGAGGAUAUUCUGGGAUUUUUACCUAACAAAAACCCCAACGUCAAAGGCGAAACAAUCAAGUUUCUCGUCAGAUGCCUGCGGACUACCCGAGAUGUGCCUUCCAAAGAGGAGCAAAAACGCAUUGCCGACGCAGCCACGAAGCUCCUCACAGAGUCAACCGAAAGCAUCAGAUCCGGUGGUGCUGAAAUUCUCGGAACACUCAUGAAGAUCAUCGGUGAGCGUGCGAUGAAUCCUUAUCUAGAGGGACUAGACGACAUCCGAAAAUCCAAGAUCAAGGAGUACUUUGAGACUGCCGAAGUCAAAGCGAAAGAAAAGCCGAAGCCUGCUCCCGCGCCCGCUAAGGCGACCUCCGCCGUGGGUAAGAAAGUUGUGGGAGGUUCGAAGAAACCUGCACCUGGUGGGAGAAAGCCAGCGCCAGUAGCCGCACCUGCUCUGGUCGAGGAUGCCACACCUCUACAACCCAAACCUACGGCCAAAGCGCUUCCCAAACCAGGCGGACUUGCUCGACCAGGUCUAGCACAGCCUGCUGGUCUCAAACUUGGUGGGCUCAAGAAACCUGCUCCUGGUGGUCUUUCGGUUGGUGCCGGAAGUCCGCAGCGACGAGUCAUCUCACCACCAGUGAGCACAGAUGGCGACGAGGAGACAGCAGCGGCAGCAGUGCCAUCCCCUUCCAAGUUUGGCAUGGGCCGAGGUGGACUCGCUGGGCGCUCGUUGGCCAGACCGACUGCCGCUCCACUUUCGCCUCCGUCGACAACAUCAGCCUCAAACGCCCUUUCAGUAGUGGAGCGGGCAGAACUAGAAGAACUACGCGCUGAGAAAGAACGACUUGCAGGCUUGAAUGACAGUCUUCGAAGCAGCAAUGCCAAACUCACGGCCGAAAUAUCAGAACUUCAAAAUCAGAAUGCACAGCUGAUUGAGGAUCAUACACGCGACGUUUUGCAGAUAAAAGCCAAAGAGACACAGCUGGUCCGGGCGCGAGGCGAAUGUGAUGUUCUGAAAGCAGAGAUUGAAAGUAUCCGGAAAGAAAGCGAGCGGUAUAAGCGAGAGGUGUCCCGACUUGGGCGUGAGAGUAUUGGUCGAGAACGAGAGGACAUGAUUCGUGGACGUGCACUUGACGAAGCCUCCAAUUUUGGCGGCGACAGUGGAGCUGGGGCCAUAUACGAAGACUCUUCGUUGAACAAUCGAUACCAGGCGAACGGAAAUGUUCAUGCAGCGCGACCUACCAGCACGGCUUUACAUCGGACCGGAAGCUCAGCCAGCACACAGAGUGGUCGUGCACAGUCGCAAGCCAGCAGCGCGAAACCCAGACCGCAGAGUGGAUACACAUCUCAUGGUAACCGUCUCGAUCUCAGUCCCAGCGAAGAAAAAGAGAACAAUGGGCUUGGAAUCGACACAUUGGGCGGAACAAGAAGAAAAAUCAGCCCUCCCAUGGUGUCAAAUGGAGCUAGCGGAAGAAUGAGUCCACAGCGAUCCGGGUAUACACCUGCAUACUCUAUGAGCAGAGAAGCUAGUGACUCUGGACUUUCGACAGGGGCUGGACCUAGGGAGUCUGGAAAUAGGCCGGAGGAGAAUUGGAAGCGAGCAGCGGAAGUGACGAGCCAGUUGAAGGCGAGGAUUGAAGCUAUGAAGGCACGACAGGGCUUGUCACGGCAUUGA